AGAUUAUUGUUUAUAGUGUUCUCACAAGAUUGUGGUCUAAGGAUUUGAAAUUGUAAGAAUUGCAUUUGCACUUGAAUAACAAUACGUAUAGGCUCGUUCUUUGACGUGAGUCAAAUCGGAGUUUAAUUAAUGUAAAAAGCGUGACGUGUGGAGAAACUGAGAAUCUUGCUGGCACAGUGUGUCUGUGUGUGGUGUCGAGAAGGGGACGACAUCGCAGCUACGCCGGGCCGGAAUGCAGCAGCCCCUUUGCGCCUCGCAGCCACCGUAGACGAAGAACGCCCUCCUCGCCCCAAAGAGCUUCCCUUCUUCCAGCCGCGCGCUCUGGACACCGGCACACUCGCUUUCACGAUGGCCGAGGGAGGCGGACCUGACUCGGGCUGCUCGGCGGACUCUGACUCGGAGAUUCCAGCCACAUCCACGGAAAACCAAAAACAGAUUAUCGGCUCACUCCUGAAGACCACGCUGAGAAAGGGCGACGAAUGGUAUCUAGUGGACAGUCGCUGGUUCAAACAGUGGAAGAAAUAUGUAGGCUUCGACAACUGGGACAUGUACAAUGUUGGAGAACGUAGCCUCUAUCCAGGACCUAUUGAUAACUCGGGGCUGUUCGCCGACCAGGACAAACAGGUCCUGAAAGACCAUCUUAUAGAUGAGCUGGACUAUGUCCUUGUACCCAUUGAGGCGUGGAAUAAGCUCGUCAGCUGGUACAGCUGCCUGGGUGUCCAAAGACCCAUUGUCAGGAAGGUUGUUGAACAUGGCAUGUUUGUCAAACACUGCAAGGUGGAGGUCUACUUGCUGGAGCUGAACCUUUGUGAGAAUGAUAACAUGGACAAUGUGGUCACUCGCCACUUCAGUAAAGCUGACACUAUUGAUACCAUAGAGAAAGAGAUGAGGACACUAUUCAAUAUUCCACAAGAAAAGGAAACAAGGCUCUGGAACAAAUAUAUGAGCAACACCUAUGAACAGCUGAACAAGCCUGAUAGCACAGUACAGGAUGCUGGCCUCUUCCAGGGGCAGGUGCUUGUGAUUGAGCGGAGGAAUGAAGAUGGAACGUGGCCCAGACAAGCCUCUCAUCCCAAAUCCAGUACAACCCCAUCAAGGACUUUCACCACCUCCCAAAAACUGUCCUCCAACUCGUCAGCUAGUAUCUCCCCUACAAUCAUCAAUGGAAACAGCAGCUGUGGGGCUGGUUACACGCUCAACAACAGCGCCACGGCUGGCAGCAAGCAUGAACUGGGGGGUUAUAAUUCCUACAGCUCCUCCUACAACUAUAGAGAGUCCCAGUCCCAGCCUGGUUUGUGUGGUCUGAGUAAUCUAGGCAACACGUGCUUCAUGAACUCUGCUCUCCAGUGCCUGAGCAACGCGUCGCCGCUCACCGAAUAUUUUCUCAACGACCAGUACGAGGCCGAGAUUAACCGAGGCAAUCCACUGGGAAUGCGAGGCGAGAUUGCGGAGGCCUACGCUGAUCUAGUGAAGCAGAUGUGGCUCAGCCACAGCAGCUCUGUGGCCCCACGCACCUUUAAAACACAGGUUGGGCGCUUUGCUCCCCAGUUUUCAGGCUAUCAGCAGCAGGAUUCCCAAGAGCUGUUGGCCUUCUUACUUGACGGGCUUCACGAAGAUCUGAACCGUGUAAAGAAGAAACCUUAUCUGGCCCAAAGGGAUGCUGAGGGCCGUCCCGAUGAGAUUGUCGCCACGGAAGCCUGGAAAAACCAUCGCUUACGCAAUGACUCUAUAAUCGUCGACAUCUUUCAUGGCCUCUUCAAAUCCACUCUGGUGUGUCCGGAGUGCUCCAAGGUGUCUGUGACCUUUGACCCCUUCUGCUACCUCACUCUGCCUCUGCCCAUGAAGAUUGACCGAAAUAUGGAGGUUGUCCUUGUGCGAUCAGAUCCACAGUCUAGACCCACAAAGUAUCGAGUUGUGGUUCACAAACUGGGCACGGUGAUGGAGUUGUGCAGCGCCUUGUCCAGACUCUGUGGAAUUCCUCCAGAAAAUAUGGUGGUGGCCGAUGUUUAUAAUCAUAGGUUCCAUAAAAUUUACAGAAGGGACGAUGGACUCAAUCAAAUUGUGGAUAAAGAUGACAUCUUUGUGUAUGCGGUGCAGGAGGAAGACAGCGAGACGAUGAACCUUCCAGUCUAUUUCAGGGAGCGACAUUCAAAACACGCUGGAAGCUCCUCCAGCACUAUGCUGUUUGGCCAGCCUUUACUCAUCACUGUGCCUCGGCAAAACCUCAUAGCAGACGUUCUUUAUGAUAAGAUCCUUCAGAGGAUUGGGCGCUAUGUAAAACACCCACAGAGCGUGGGGAGUGAAAGCAGAGCCUCGGCUUCAGCCACCUUUGCCAGCUACAGUCAAGUUCCUGAAUGUUCCACGUCAUCCAGUGCCAAUGCCAGUCUUGGUGGCUGCAGCAGUCCCCUGUCGGACGGAGCCUCCUGCAGUGCCACCUCCAGUAACGGCAGCAACCACUCAGGGACUUGCACUGAAACCAACGGCAUAUAUGAUGGGGAGGAGGAGGAGGCCAUGGACCACCAGGUGACUCCAGAGCCACAGAACGGCCAGUCCGAAGAGGAGGAAGAGGAGACGUCUGAUUUGGAAAACGGGACAAAAGAGGGCGAAACCAAGGCCAGCUCCCUACCGGCCAAGCUCUUUACCUUCAGCGUUGUGAACUCUUAUGGGACAGCCAACAUCAGCCCUCUGCCUUGUGACGGAAACGUGCUCAAACUUAAUCCGCAUUCCACUGUGGCUAUUGACUGGGACUCUGACUCCAAGAUGAUGUGUUAUGAUGAACAGGAAGCAGAGGCAUAUGAGAAGCACGAGAGCAUGCUCCAGCCCCAGAAAAAGAAAGCCACUGUGGCUCUGAGAGAAUGCAUUGAGCUCUUCACAACCAUGGAGACGCUUGGCGCUCAUGAUCCAUGGUAUUGUCCCACGUGCAAGAAACACCAGCGGGCCACUAAAAAGUUUGACCUCUGGUCAUUGCCUCGUAUCCUGGUUGUUCACCUGAAGCGCUUCUCUUACAACAGAUGCUGGAGGGACAAACUGGACACAGUGGUAGAUUUUCCUAUCAGGGAUCUAAACAUGUCAGAGUUUUUAUGUGACCCCAAGGCCGGGCCACACACGUAUGACCUCGUUGCUGUGUCCAACCAUUAUGGAGGAAUGGGAGGAGGUCACUACACGGCUUACGGCAAAAAUAAGGUGGACGGAAAAUGGUAUUAUUUUGACGACAGCAGUGUGUCGUCGUCGUCGGAGGACCAGAUUGUGACUAAAGCGGCCUACGUGCUGUUCUAUCAGCGUAGGGAAGAGGAAGGCCUCACCAAAACGCAGCCCUCCGCCUCGCUUGGAGGAGACCCCGACGCUGCUGACGACCACAUGGAAUUAAACUGAAUUCAUGAUGGCAAGCAGACACGCAGACGCUGCUUAAUUAACAAAGACUAUCAAAGUUAUCCCCACCAGAACAAUACCCACUUUGAUUUACGUCUACAUUGUCAACCGACCUGAGAGAACAAUAAGUAAAGCUAGUUAAUUAAGAGGAGAAACAUGGUUGCUCUGGAUGAACAAAAGCUUGUUGCGCUCCACAAAGCAGUAAGAAUAUCUUCUAAAAGCCAAAUCCGAAGCUCGUCUCAACCAAAGUGUUCCGAGGUAUGUAUGAAAGUCAGUUUCGAUGAGCGUGCUGUAAGAUUUCAACUCCACUUUUUACGGACAUUACUUAAGCCAAAACGAGCCGCUUGUCCCCCACACACACAACUUCAGUGAGUUGUGAUCACGCUACAAAAAGCGGCCUUUAGGAUGCAGCUACUGACUUAUAAGGAAGCACUUUGACUUCUUCGUGAAUACAACAUCUACCUGCUUCUGGUGUAUGAGCCUGGGCAUACAUCAUACAUUUGCUGACCUGUUUUUGCAAAUGGCUUGUGAUAAAACCUGUACAUGAAUGCAGCUCUGUAUUGAAAUGGCUACAUUGUUUGUUAUCUUUAAAGCACAUCGAGUUAGGAGACAUAAAAUAGUGCUUUAUUCAAGAAGAUUGAUCCUCCUGGUCAGUCUGUAUAUCACCAGAUGGAGGCAGGGCUUGCAGCAUCCAGUCAAUGAUCUUACUCCACUGUCCUAGACUGAAUAGAUACCCGUUAUAUCCUACUAGUCUCUAUAAUAAACAAUCUCAUUAAGCACAGCUAGUGGAUGUUGGAUUGUUCUGCUGAUUAUAAAGCAAUUAAGGUUUUAGUAGUGGCGGUUAAAUGGCUGGUCGCCAUCAUGUAAAUUGUCUUUUACUGGGCAAACACCACUGCUAUCCAUACGCCACUGACAUGUCAUAUAUGUAAUGGUAAUUUAACAGCUAAAACGCAGUGAUUUUGGUUUUGGGUGACCGAAUCCAAAAGGAUCCAGCAUAACUAAAGAGAUGUAAAUAAUCACACUAUUUUAAAUAGGUGUAAACAUUCUUGUUCUCGUAUUUAUCAUGCUGAUAUCUACAGGAUUUGUUUUUAAAUGGAAACUCUUUGAAGUCAAACUACAAUAAAGACUGGAUGCCUCAAUGAUAUGUUUUUUUGGAAUCAAUGUGCUCCCCAAAAAUUGACACCCAAAAGUGACAGCUCAGUGAGCGUAAGGAUUAAGUCCAAAAGUGUUAUGCCUUUUCUUUAGCAUUUUUGUCAUGCCACCACAGAAGGUAUACAAUGAGGUGCAAAUGUGUAAUAAUUGAACCACAAACUGCAACAAAGCAAAGGGUCGAACUGCUCACUCAGUACAAUAUGAGCAAUGUUGUUAUCAAUUACGUUACGUUCACAAGCAGAUGUUAAAUGCAAAUAGCAUUGCUAUGAAAACACCUCCAUUUUCUGUCUUCAUAAUUUGUAUGUCAAAGGGUGAAUUUUCUUUUCUUUUAUGUUAACUUGAGUGGGCUAACUUGUGGUCAUGGGUCACAGAUUUUUCAGAUGUCAAGUUAAGAUGUAUAUGUUAAAAUAGGUACUCUAAUAUGAUAAAAUAAGUCAUUUUGUGUUAAAUUACCCAUAAUUUAAUAAAAAUAUGGAUAUAAAAUACAAUUUAUAUAUAAUUGUUUUGUUAAUUUACAUUAAAUCUACCAAUUAUUUCAGAAAAAUAAAUACAAAUACUACAUUUUUAAUCAACCAAUUUUAGAAAAAAAUCACGAAUGUUCAAAUGUUAAUUAAAAUGUCUGUUCUGUUAGUAAAGGUUUUUAUGAUAGAACCUGGUAACUUUCUUGUGGGAACAUUUGUUUUGAAAUUUGAACUUAGUCAGCUGGCGUCACAAAACAGAUUUUGUUCAACUGUGGUGAUUCACUGUACUCUCAUAAUAACAGCACUAUGUGGUUUAUGUUCCAGUGGUUGUGAAAUGUUGCAAAUGCAGUUUCAUUCAAAGAUGGUGCAAUCUACAAUUGUAGGUCUUGUGAAAUUGACUAAAAAGGAACUGUAAAUGAUUGUAUGAGCUGAUCUUAAUUUUAGGAGUUAGACAAGGGCGUGAAGGAAGAAACCAAUUUAUUUGUUCUUUUGAACUACAGCUGUGCUUUACAUGUAUUUAAUGUAGCUGAAGUGUUCCGUUUCUUUACAGUGCAUCAGUUAACCUCCUCACAAUUGGCUUGGUUUCAGAGGUCGCCUUCAUCGAGUAAAAGAGCAGAAAACAGCAUACAUGUCGACAAAAAAGCACAGGUGGUCCUGACAGCUUUUCUUUUGUUAGUUUGCUUGGCUCAAGAGCUUCUUGAUGUCUCCCUCGAUGUCACUUGUGAGGAACCUGCGGCUGUAGCGCUUGAAGGGCACGCCGUCCGACCCGAUGAGGAACUUCUCAAAGUUCCAGGACACGUCAUUCCUGCACACAGGGCUCCAGAUGAUACAAUUGGGGUCGCCCAUGAGGGAGGUGGGGUCGUCGCUGGGGAACGGGAGACUCUCCCGCAGGAACGCAAAUAGUGGGUGGGCAUCCUUCCCAUUCACGUCCACCUUCUCCAGGAGCUGGAACUUGGGCUCAAAGCCAUUCCCAGGUCGGACGUACUUCAAUGCCGAGAGGAUUUCCUCAUUCUUGCUGUUCUCCUGCGAAAAACGAUCACGCUGGCACAUUACGAGGGCAAGAUCAUCAAUAUUUCCGUAUACAGUAUCUACUUUUUGGUGACAUUUUUCUGAGCCCCUGUUUAUAUAUGUCUUGCUUAAACCUUUAAUUCAAGUAUGCAACAACAAAAAUCUGGUUAGGUUACUUUCUGGGAAGAGUGUGUUGAGCUUCCUCCUAUUCGACUAACAGCAAGUACCAAACAAGGAUAAUCUAGCAAUGAUUUACCCACAGUGUCACUGGUCACGGCAGCUUAAGCAUUAACUACUAAAUAACAAUGGCUAUUUUGUUUUGAGCUUUGGAAAGCAAAUAUACAUUGUCGUACAAUUUCUUCAUUCCAACAUGUUUGCAUUGAUUCCUAACCAGAGGGAGAUCGUCAGAGGUGCUGAGGGAAAUUAGCCAGUUUCACUUAAUGUGUGUAAAAAUUAAUUACAGAUAUUUUUUUUUCUUUGCCAAUGACAUAGUGACUGGGAAAACAACUGAAUGCUCUUCCAUUUGAUGGCCAAAGGUACAAUUAACCUGUGUACCCACCAAUUACCAUUCAUACAACAGGAUAAACCAUGGCUUUCUGCUAGUAUUUCAGCUUUGUAGUCACUUAAACAGGCCCCGAUUUCUUUUGAGAAGAGGAAUAUUUCAGUAUUCUUUUUGUGACAUUUUGUUUGGUGGUGUGCCAUGAGAUUUUUCCAAUAGGUGCCUUGGUUCAAUAAAGGUUGGGAAACACUG